CCGUCUUUGUGUUCACGCUGCCUCCGUGUUAAGCGUUAUCGUUUAUAACCGCUUGUCUUGAAAGAAACUAAACACAGUUGAAACAGUACGGAGGGUUGCAACAAAAUUUAUUCAACCCGACACUAGGCGCCGGACCUGGCGUUGCGUUUGAACCGCUUGAACCCUUGGGCACCAACACUACCCUUCAUCUGAAUGAACAAUUGCCAGAGAAGCGGCUUUCGGAAAUCGUGCUUUUAGAGCAUUGGCUACACUACUGCAACGGGCAGUAAUAGAGCGCAGCCUCGUGUGCGAGGUUGAGUGAAAUGGAUUGAGUAGCACAGAGAGAAAUUGGAAAAUUAUUCCCAAUCGCAAUACGUUUCGCUGUAACGGUUACGGGAGAAAAACGAACGGAGUCCUGCUCAUUUGUACAAAUCCGUACUGUUAACAGGAGAAAGGUUGGCCCUUGUCUGACGUCGCCAUGAUCUCCUCUAAAGACAAGCCCAAGAAGAAACCGCCCAAAGACAGCAUGACGCUGCUCCCCUGCUUCUACUUUGUCGAGCUGCCCAUCGUGGCCUCCUCCAUGGUGUCCCUGUACUUCCUGGAGCUGACGGACCUCCUGCAGCCGGCCCAGGUGGGCUUCCGCUGCCACGACCGGUCGCUCAGCAUGCCGUACGUGGACGGCGGGGACGAGCUCAUCCCGCUCCUCAUGCUCCUCAGCCUGGCCUUCGCCGGCCCGGCUGCCUCGAUCAUGAUGGGGGAGGGGCUGGUCUACUGCCUGCAGUCGCGGCUGAAGAUCCGGCCGGGGGCCGAGGGCAGCAUCAACGCCGGCGGCUGCAACUUCAACUCCUUCCUGCGCCGAACCGUGCGCUUCGUGGGCGUCCAUGUUUUCGGGCUCUGCGCGACCGCCCUGGUGACCGACGUGAUCCAGCUGGCGACGGGGUACCACACGCCGUUCUUCCUGACCGUCUGCAAGCCCAACUACACGCUCCCCGGGGUCUCCUGUGACAAAAACCCCUACAUCACCCGCGAUAUCUGCUCAGGCCAGGACCAGCACGCCAUCCUCUCCGCCAGGAAAACCUUUCCUUCCCAGCAUGCAACCCUUUCCGCCUUCGCUGCCGUUUAUAUAUCCAUGUACUUCAACUCCACCAUCUCGGACAGCACCAAGCUCCUGAAGCCGGUCCUGGUGUUUGCGUUCGCCAUCGCGGCGGCGCUGACCGGCCUGACCCAGAUCACGCAGUACCGCAGCCACCCCAUCGACGUCUACGUCGGGUUCCUCAUCGGCGCCGGCAUCGCCGCCUACCUGGCCUUCCACGCCGUCGGCAACUUCAGAUCCUCGGAGGACGCCCCUCCGAAGCCGGCGCCGCCCCCCCAGAAGGACGCGCUGCGGGCCCUGACGCAGCGGGGCCACGACUCGGUCUACCACAAGGGCCACGCGUCCGAGAGCAACGACGAGCUCUCGGCCCCCCAGACCAUGGAGGGCCUGAACCGGCAGGUGCAGCGCGAGAAGGCCUCGCUGGGCAGCCUGAAGAGGGCCAGCGUGGACGUGGAGCUCCUGGCCCCCCGCAGCCCCAUGGGCAAGGAGACCAUGGUGACCUUCAGCAACACGCUGCCGCGCGCCAACAACAACUGCGCGGCGGAGGACCCCGGCCGCCGUCACAUGACCAUCCACGUGCCCGUGGACCCGCUGCGCUCCAAGCAGCUGGUGUCCGAGUGGAAGCAGAAGUCCAUGGAGCUGCGCGGCAUGAGCCUGCGCGGCGAGGAGGAGGAGGAGGAGGAGGAGGAGGAGGAGGGCAGCGAGGACGAAGGCUCGGACAGCGGGGACGAGGAGGCGGGCGACGGCGACAUGGCCAUGCCGGCGUCGCUCUACCCCACCGUGCAGGCCGGCCGGGCCGGGGCGGGGGCCCCGGGCGUGGGGGCCGUCCGCGUGCCCAUGGCGCCCCGCCCGGGCGCGCCCCAGCUGGUCCACAUCCCCGAGGAGGCGGCCGGGCCCCCGCCGGUGUCGCCCAAGAGCGCCAGCACGCGCGCCAAGUGGCUGUCCAUCACGGAGAAGACGGCCGCCGCCGUGCCCGCCCACCUGCGGCCGCCCAACCAGCCGCGCAUCAUGCAGGUCAUCGCCAUGUCCAAGCAGCAGGGCCUGAUCGGCGCGCCCGUCCCGCCCAAGUCCUCCGACACCUCCUCCUCGUCCUGCGCCUCCUCCUCCCUCAGCGGGGAGUCGCCGCUCUACCGGCCGCCGUCGGAGCGCGACGUGGGCCCCGGCAUCGGCAUCGUCACCGUGGACGCGCACGCGCCUCACCACCCCGUGGUGCACGUCUCCGCGGGCAACGGCGGGCCCUGGGAGUGGAAGAGCUCCGCCAGCGCCAACGGGGGCGGCGGCGGCGACUACCACCAGUCCUACGAGCUGAACGACCUGAGCCGCGACUGCGGCGCGCGCGGCUACCGCUCCGUCAAGAGCCUGUCGCCCGCCUCCUCCUCCGCGGCCAGCGAGGCCGACCAGGAGCCCCCGCCGCCGCCGCUGCCCCACCUGGACCACCUGCCCGACGGCCGCCCGCGCGACUCCACCCUGCGGCGGAAACCCCCGCUCACCGCGCAGGACCGCGUCGCCAGCCAGUCCCAGUCUCAGUCCGAGCAGGACGCCUAUUACAAAAAACUCCAAAGCAGCCGCCGGUAUAAAGACUGA